GGGCCCUGUGAUUGCUCUAUUAACCUUUAGACCUGUCUGAGGGACUCUCCGGCUCGCAGCCCCGCUGCGCUGGGGCCUCCAGGCCCUGACGCCGACUCCCAACUCAGGCCUGACACAUUCCCCUCCCCCAUACCCUGGAAGAGCCCCCUCCACGAAGAAGCUCCCCUGGACCGCCUGGCUCCCCAGCCCUUGCCACGUCCCUUGGAUUGGUGCAGAGCCGCCGCAGGCUGCAGAAAAAAAGGGGAAAGAUUAGAAGAGAGGAGGCCACAGGAGAUGGGAAGUGUCGUCAGGAAGGGAUGCAGAUUGCAUAAAUACAUAAAAUUGAGGCUGAGGCCUGGGCUCCCGACCAUCUCCCUGGGUUUUUGGGAAGGCAAAAGGGAGGCUUCGGUCUCUACACUCUGAUUUUAGGAGGCAGUCUGGGUGUCUCCUGAACCUCCAAGGAAUCCGGGGCUGGGAGGAUCCCCACUACCCCUGCCCAGGAACUAGCAUCCAGCCGGGCACCCCGGGUGACCCAGUGCCCCACACAAGAUCGAGAGUUGAGCCCAAGAGGUCACCUUCUUCUCUACUGGCCCCGCCCCUCGCCCACCGCGGCGGGAUGAGGACCACAGGAAGGGGGGGCGGGGAGGGAGAAAGGGAACUCAUUAAUAAAGCUGACCCUGGGCACCACAGCGAACCCAAUCGACCUCCGGCUGGGUUGCGGGUGAUUCCCCGCUCCCUGGCGGUAGCACUUGGGCAUUUUCCGCGGAGACCCCAGAGCCUGGACUUUGCCUGCUGGGGGAGCUUUCCGCACAGCCCCGCAGCCUGCGCCCAGCGGAGGUGUAGCCGGGGCCGCGCACCCCCGCCCCGCCCUUGCACGUGACUCCCACAGGCCAGUCAGCGCCCUAGGGCCGAGUUGCAGGGCCGGGGACCCGAGCCGCGAGCUGGGGACUUGGAGGCGGCCGGCGCAGGGGCCGCAAGAGGCUUCGUCGCCGCUGCAGCUCCGGGGGCUCCCAGGGGAGCGUGCGCGGAACCUCCAGGCCCAGCAGUUAUGAAAGAAAAAAAUUACAUUAUCUUGAAGAACUGCAGGAGUUGAGUAUUCCAGAAAAUGCAAUGAAAUAGUUCAGCUACUUGAUUUUAAAAGUCAAAUACUGGAUCUUUUAUUAAGGACCCCGGCUGCGGCGAGGAGGAAGGAGCCAGCCUAGCAGCUUCUGCGCCUGUGGCCGCGGGUGUCCUGGAGGCCUCUCGGUGUGACGAGUGGGGGACCCGAAGGCUCGUGCGCCACCUCCAGGCCUGGACGCUGCCCUCCGUCUUCUGCCCCCAAUAGGUGCUCCGGACCUUCAGGCCCUGGGGUGAAUUCAGCUGCUCCUGCAUCAGCUUCCGGAACCACCAAAAAUUCAAAUUGGGAUUUUCCGGAGUAAACAAGAGCCUGGAGCCCUUUGCUCAAUGCUGGAUUUAAUACGUAUAUAUUUUUAAGCGAGUUGGUUUUUUCCCCUUUGAUUUUUGAUCUUCGCGACAGUUCCUCCCACGCAUAUUAUUGUUGUUGCCGUCGUUUUCUCUCCCCGCGUGGCUCCUUGACCUGCGAGGGAGAGAGAGGACACCGAAGCCGGGAGCUCGCAGGGACCAUGUAUCAGAGCCUGGCCAUGGCCGCCAACCACGGGCCGCCCCCCGGUGCCUACGAGGCGGGCGGCCCCGGCGCCUUCAUGCACGGCGCGGGCGCCGCGUCCUCGCCAGUCUACGUGCCCACACCGCGGGUGCCCUCCUCCGUGCUGGGCCUGUCCUACCUCCAGGGCGGAGGCGCGGGCUCUGCGUCCGGAGGCGCCUCGGGCGGCAGCUCCGGUGGGGCCGCGUCUGGUGCGGGGCCCGGGACCCAGCAGGGCAGCCCGGGCUGGAGCCAGGCGGGAGCCGACGGAGCCGCCUACACCCCGCCGCCGGUGUCGCCGCGCUUCUCCUUCCCGGGGACCACCGGGUCCCUGGCGGCCGCCGCCGCCGCUGCCGCGGCCCGGGAAGCUGCGGCCUACAGCAGUGGCGGCGGAGCGGCGGGUGCGGGCCUGGCGGGCCGCGAGCAGUACGGGCGCGCCGGCUUCGCGGGCUCCUACUCCAGCCCCUACCCGGCUUACAUGGCCGACGUGGGCGCGUCCUGGGCCGCAGCCGCCGCCGCCUCCGCCGGCCCCUUCGACAGCCCGGUCCUGCAUAGCCUGCCCGGCCGGGCCAACCCGGCUGCCCGACACCCCAAUCUCGUAGAUAUGUUUGACGACUUCUCAGAAGGCAGAGAGUGUGUCAACUGUGGGGCCAUGUCCACCCCGCUCUGGAGGCGAGAUGGGACGGGUCACUAUCUGUGCAACGCCUGCGGCCUCUACCACAAGAUGAAUGGCAUCAACCGGCCGCUCAUCAAGCCCCAGCGCCGGCUGUCCGCCUCCCGCCGAGUGGGCCUCUCCUGUGCCAACUGCCAGACCACCACCACCACGCUGUGGCGCCGCAAUGCGGAGGGCGAGCCUGUGUGCAAUGCCUGCGGCCUCUACAUGAAGCUCCAUGGGGUCCCCAGGCCUCUUGCAAUGCGGAAAGAGGGGAUCCAAACCAGAAAACGGAAGCCCAAGAACCUGAAUAAAUCUAAGACACCAGCAGCUCCUUCAGGCAGUGAGAGCCUUCCUCCCGCCAGCGGUGCUUCCAGCAACUCCAGCAACGCCACCACCAGCAGCAGCGAGGAGAUGCGUCCCAUCAAGACAGAGCCUGGCCUGUCAUCUCACUACGGGCACAGCAGCUCCGUGUCCCAGACGUUCUCAGUCAGUGCGAUGUCUGGCCAUGGGCCCUCCAUCCACCCGGUCCUCUCGGCCCUGAAGCUCUCCCCACAAGGCUAUGCGUCUCCCGUCAGCCAGUCUCCGCAGACCAGCUCCAAGCAGGACUCUUGGAACAGCCUGGUCUUGGCCGACAGUCACGGGGACAUAAUCACUGCGUAAUCUUCCCUCUUCCCUCCUCAAAUUCCUGCACGGACCUGGGACUUGGAGGACAGCAAAGAAGGAGGCCCUGGGCUCCCAGGGGCCGGCCUCCUCUGCCUGGUAAUGACUCCAGAACAACAACUGGGAAGAAACUUGAAGUCGACAAUCUGGUUAGGGGAAGCAGGUGUUGGAUUUUCUCAGAUGCCUUUACACACUGGUGGGACUGGAGGGAGCCCACCCUUCAGCACGAGAACACUGCAUCUCUCCUGUGAGUUGGAGACUUCUUUCCCAAGAUGUCCUUGUCCCCUGCGUUCACCACUGUGGCCUAGACCGUGGGUUUUGCAUUGUGUUUCCAGCACCGAGGAUCUGAGAACAAGCGGAGGGCCGGGCCCUGGGACCCCUGCUCCAGCCCGAAUGACGGCAUCUGUUUGCCAUGUACCUGGAUGCGACGGGCCCCUGGGGACAGGCCCUUGCCCCAUCCAUCUGCUUGAGGCAUGGCACCGCCCUGCAUCCCUAAUACCAAAUCUGACUCCAAAACUGUGGGGUGUGACAUACAAGUGACUGAACACUUCCUGGGGAGCUAGAGGGGCACUUCACCCACCACAGCGCAGCCUCAUCAAAAUGCAGCUGGCAACUUCUCCCCCAGGUGCCUUCCCCCUGCUGCCGGCCUUUGCUCCUUCACUUCCAACAUCUCUCAAAAUAAAAAUCCCUCUUCCUGCUCUGAGCGAUUCAGCUCUGCCCGCAGCUUGUACAUGUCUCUCCCCUGGCAAAACAAGAGCUGGGUAGUUUAGCCAGACGGCACCCCCUCGAGUUCACUGCAGACCCUUCAUUCACCGUGUCACACAUAGAGGGGUUCUGAGUAAGAAUAAAACGUUCUGCUGCUCAAGCCAGUCUGGCAAGCACUCAGCCCAGCCUCGAGGUCCUUCUGGGGAGAGUGUAAGUGGACAGAGUCCUGGUCAGGGGGCAGGAGUGUCCCAAGGGCUGGCCCACCUGCUGUCUGUCUUCUCCUCCUGGCCCUUGGUCAGAUGGCAGCCAGAGUCCCUCUGGACCUGCAGCCUCACCCCGGCAGAAGUCUUUUGUCCAGGAGGCAAAAAGCCAGAGAUUCUGCAACACGAAUUCGAAGCAAACAAACACAACACAGCAAAAUUCCUGGAAAGAGGACAACUGCUAAGACACGGCAGGGGGGCCUGGAGGGAGCCUCCGACUCUGAGCUGCUCCGGGAUCUGCCGCGUUCUCCUCUGCACAUUGCUGUUUCUGCCCCUGAUGCUGGAGCUCAUGGAGACUCCUUCCUCUUUCUCAGCAGAGCUGUAGCUGACUGUGGCAUUGCUACGCCUCCCCACACGCCCAGACCCCUCACUCCAAAAUCCUACUGGCUGUAGCAGAGAAUACCUUUGAAGCAAGAUUCUGUUUUAAUCAUCAUUUACAUUGUUUUCUUCCAAAGGCCCCCUCGUAUACCCUCCCUAACCCACAAACCUGUUAACAUUGUCUUAAGGUGAAAUGGCUGGAAAAUCAGUAUUUAACUAAUAAAUUUAUCUGUAUUCCUCUUUC